CUCCCGCACACGCAGGCGCGGAGCAGGACUACACUUCCCAUCAUGCACGCGCGGUAACGGGAAGGGCGCCCGGCAUGGAGGCGGGCGAGGUGCGGCCGCGCGCCCACCUGGCCGCGCUGGUGCUGGCGCGUGGCGGCAGCAAGGGGAUCCCGCUGAAGAACAUCAAGCUGCUGGCGGGCGUGCCGCUCGUCGGGUGGGUGCUGCGCGCCGCGCUGGACGCCGGCGUCUUCCACAGUGUGUGGGUUUCUACAGACCACGAUGAAAUCGAGAAGGUUGCAAAGCAGUUUGGCGCCCAAGUUCAUCGUCGAAGCCCUGAAGUAUCUCAAGACUCCUCUACUUCUCUAGAAGCUAUCAGAGAGUUUCUUAAUCAUCAUCAGGAGGUUGAUAUUGUAGGAAAUAUUCAAGCAACAUCUCCCUGUUUACAUCCCAGUGAUCUUAUAAAAGUGGCAGAUCUGAUCCAGAAAGAGGGCUUUGAUUCUGUCUUCUCUGUUGUGAGACGGCAUCAAUUUAGAUGGAGCGAGGUAAAAAAAGGAGAAAAUAAAAUGACAGAGCCCCAAAAUCUGAAUCCAGCGAAACGUUACCGGAGGCAAGACUGGCCUGGGGAGCUGUAUGAGAAUGGAUCAUUUUAUUUUGCAAAGAGGCAUUUGAUUGAGAAGGGCUACUUGCAGGGUGGUAAAAUGGCCUACUAUGAAAUGCGUGCUGAGCAUAGUGUGGAUAUUGAUAUAGACAUUGACUGGCCUAUUGCAGAGCAAAGAGUACUGAGCUUUGGGUAUUUUGGCAAGGAACCAUUAAAGGAAGUGAAGCUAUUGGUUUGCAGUAUUGAUGGAUGCCUGACAAAUGGUCGCAUUUAUGUCACAGAAGAUCAGAAGGAAAUGGUCUCCUACGAUUAUAGAGAUAUUGUUGGUAUCAAUCUGCUAAAGAAAAGGGGAAUCGAGGUUCGACUCGUCUCUGAAAGAGAUUGUUCAAAAACCCUGCCAGCUAUGCAGCUGGGAUGUGUAGCAGAAAUUAAUGCAACAAAUAAAUUACAAGUCCUGGAAGACUGGCAAAAAUGCAUUGGCUUGGGCUGGAAAGAAGUUGCUUACUUAGGAAAUGAAGAGUCUGAUGUGGAAUGCCUGAAGAAAGCUGGCAUGAGUGGUGUGCCUGCUGAUGCUUGUGCAGUUGCUCAGAAGGCUGCUGGUUACAUUUGUAAAAGCCGUGGUGGUUGUGGAGCUGUCCGGGAGUUUGCAGAACACAUAUUCCUGUUGUUAGAAAAAGUGAACUCUGCAAGAAAGCAAAUGGAAGAUGUGAAUUCAGCAGGAGAGGAUACAGGGGGAAAAUGAGAGCAGCAGAAGUAGAAAUAAGGAACUACUUAAAAAAUAACACCGCAGUCAUUCUUCCCCGCUUUUCAUCUUCUCCAUUCCCCCCUCAGUAAGCCUGUAUCCCAAUGGAUGGCUGCCUUUCAAAUUUUACACUGCAGUAGAGUUAAAAGAAUGUUUCCCUCUAAUUUAAGAUUCCAUUCUGAUUAAGUGCUAGUAUCCAUGAUUGUAUUCAUGAUUAUUUUAAAAGCCAGUUAAGUGCAAUGGAAGGAAUACUAGAAAAAGUAGUGUCUUGUAAAUCUACUCUAAAUCAUUACACUUGUCCGAAAGGAAUGAUGUAUCUUUAUUUCAUAAUACAAAUAUUUUCAGGGAAUUAUGAUUUUUUACGAUUUGUGGAUAUGUAAUUCAGACUUCCAGAAAAUUUGUUCUGUCAGUUGUGCAGUUAUUUACAUUUCCUCUCUCUAUCUUCUAUAUGAUAUUGCAGUUGUGUGCUAGCUUUUCAUGAGACAUCUCUAAGAAGGAAGAGUUUUAGCAUAUUCUGGAGAAGUUGGGUGUAAAAUAACUACCAAACAUUUUCCUAUAUUUUGAAAAGUUUAGUUACUGUAAAGUCAACUAAUACUAACACUAACUAACAAGAGCAUUUAAGCAUGUGUUCAAUUUUGAGAUAAGUAAUUAAGCAGCAUUUGGAAUUAUGCCAUCUUAACCUUUGAAUCUGUUUAUAUUGGGUUUUAUUUAAGUGCUUAAAUUAACAUACUUAAAUGCUUUGCCAAAUUUAGAACUAAAUCUCCCAUUAACUUUGAAAUCUUUCCUUUGCAGAAACUGUUUCUUUCUAUGAAGUCUUUAUUACAAUCACUAAUGAGUUAAAAGGAAAAAAAAAAGUAAAGAAAAUGUUCUUUAAUGUUUAUUGUAUGGAAAAGGAAUUGCUGUGGAAGAAAAAAUCAUAGUUGACAUUUCCACAAAUUUUUAUAUAAAAUAUGUAUUCAGACUAUUUUUAGCAUGUUAAUUUAAAGUUGGUGUAUAUGUGUGUUUGUAUUUAUGUAAAAUACAAUUUUUCCCAUUUUGAUUUGAAGAAUUCAAUGAACUGUAAACAUUUGUAUAACUGACACUAAAAAUAUGCAUCUGUUUUCAAUCCUAGUAUUUACCAGCGAGUCAGGUUCAGCCUUGAGUUAUGC